ACAAUUUGGGGAUUAUUUAGUAGACUUAUUCUUUUGUCGCUGGUUCAGCAACAUGGACUUGAACACCAUAAACUCCAUGAGCUACGAGGAAUUUUUGGACAUUUUCGGAAAUAUCAUAGAAAGAUGUCCCAUCAUCACUGCGGCAAUUUGGUCCCAAUUUCCAUUUGCUAGUGUAACUGAGCUGGAAAACAGCGUCUAUGACUUCAUUGAAUCCCUCCCUCUGACUGGAAAAGAAGGAAUAUUAAGAUGCCACCCUGACUUAGCUGGGAGAGACCUUAUGAGAGGAACACUCACUGACGAGUCUCAGACUGAGCAAGCUCAAGCAGGACUUACAGCGCUGACUCCCAAAGAGAGAGAAACAUUAAACCUUCUCAAUUCACAAUACAAGGCAAAAUUUGGAUUCCCCUUUGUCAUAUGUGCCAAAAUGUCCGACAAAAACAAAAUAAUGCGGGAAUUGGCUUCUCGUCUUCAGAACGAGCAGUCGCAGGAGCUACAAAUAGGCAUCGCCGAAGUCAAAAAGAUUUGUCAUCUGAGAGUAAAUGAUUUGUUCCUUAAUGUAAAAUUACCCACCAAACUAUAAAUACUGAAACAGUAUUAGACUUGUAGAAAUUAGAUUUGCAGCCAAAUCUUGGUUUAUUAAAAAAUAAAUACACUGUUUGAAUUUUUUUUGAAAAUAUUGACAUUUCUUUAAUGUUUCAUUGCAACCAAGAGAUGUUAACAUAUUUUUUUAUGUCUAGUGGUUUAUCUUUCAAUCGUUGUUUUAUUACUUAAUGGAAAUGACAUAGAUAAUAAUAAUUUACGGACGGUAAAGAACACAUCAGAGAUAGUCUUAAAAUUUGUGUUAACAAAAUUAAAGUUGAAUCCUCUUUUUAAAUGGAUUAAAUUCAAUUUUCACGAUUAAAUAAGAGCAAAACAUGUAACUAAAAUUUCAAUUUAAACUUUUGAGAUUAAUUCAAAGAUUGGCAGACUUUUUCUUUACGUUUUUGACUAUUUUCAAAUUAGAAAAUAUCUCAAAACCAACUUAUCACAAAAUGAUGUUACAUUAAUGUUUAUAAUAAAUUGAAACCAAAAUAUAAGGAAAAAUACAUUUAGAAAAUGGCUAAAUGAUUAGAAUUACAUGGAAGAAACAUAAGGAAGAUUGUUUUCAGCAGUGAUGAGUGAAUCUGUCGCGCAGCAUAAAAAACCGACACGCGCGUCAAAAAAAUGAUGUGGCUUGUAUCUGAUUAUAAAAAACACAGAAAGGAAAUAAAAGAAUAAAAAUUGAUUUAAAAGUGGUUUGGAUAAUCUAUUUUAUUACCAGUAGAGGAAAGCUGUCAAAUAUUUAUCUAAUUUAUCUAAUUGUAUCUAAUAAAAGUGACAUGUUAGUGGUAAUCCAAAUUACCCAUGUGAUUGUUACAGAAAACUCUGUAUUUUUCUGUAUACAGGUAUGGGACCUAUUAUCCAGAAUGCUCGAGAACUGGGGUUUUCUGGAUAAAUUAUCUUUCUGUAAUUCAGAUCUCCAUGCCUUAAGUCUACUAAACAUUAAAUAAACCCAAUAGGACUGUUCUGCCUCCAAUUAGGAUUAACAAUAUCUUAGUUGGGAUCAUGUAUAAAGUACUGAUUUAUUAUUACAGAGAAAAAGGAAAUCAUUUUUAAAAAUUAGAAUUAUUUACUUAUAAUGGAGUCUAUGGGAGAUGACCUUUCCGUAAUUCGGAGCUUGCAGGAUAAUGGGUUUCCAGAUAACAGAUCCCAUACCUAUACUGGGUAUCAAAAAAUAAUGUAGUUUAUAAGAUAUUUCAAAACAAGUUCAUAACCAAAAUAAUAUGUAAUAAUGAGAAAAUGAAUAUUUGAAAUAGAAUUGUGCUGUUCUGUCACAAUAAUAUAAUAUCUGUGUGUAUAUGUUUCUGUGUAUAUGUGUGUUCAUGUUGUAAAAAUAUGAGGCUAUCAUUGAUUUAAAUUGUACAAACAGAAACGCGUUUAGUCCACGAAUAUCAUUUUAUUUUAAUUGUAAAUUCACAUAUAUCCAUUAAAAGUUGUUUCUUAUAUUUUUUUUCCUAGAAGCCUAUACAUUGACUUUUACCCUAUAAUUAAAACUAAAAAAAAUAUAUGUGUGUGUAUAGAUAUUAGAUGUUUAGAUGUUGUUUGGUGUCUGUAUUAUUUGACUUUUUUUUUUUUAAACAUUGUUUAUAGAUUGUAUUUUUUUUUAAAUAAAAUCAAGUAAUACAGACAGACACACACAAUAUAAAAAACAAAAACACUCCAUGUUUGUGUCCAAUAUAGAAAUAUCUUUGGAAAGGGAACUAACAAAAUAAUCCCAAAAGUCCAAUUCCACCCGUUGCAUUUUUUGUAUAGGGUAUUAGAGGAUAUUUCAUUGUAAGAAACAGAAUUAAAUUUAAUGUGCAAAUUUAAACAAUGUAACCCAGACUGGAAUCCAGCAAUAACUGGAAUUUAAAAUAAAUAUUAGUCAAACCUU